AUGGUGGCAAGGACUUAAAGGCCUAAUCAUUGGGGACCUGGCUCCUUGACCCAGCUCUUCACUGCUGAAUCUUUGUUUUUGUUAAAGAACUUUAUUUUCUGUGUUCUUCAAGUCAUGAAGGAUUGAGGAUUUGCUUUUUUUAAAAAAAAAAAUUAAGGUAAAAUUCAAAUGAUAUAAUAUUAACCAUUUUGAAGUGGAUAGUUCAGGGUUGUUGUCUUUUGUAAAGUAUAGACCUAGUUCUCCUCAGUCCUUGCCCACAUUUCUACCAUCAAACAAAAUCAGGUUAUCUCCUAGUUUGUUUUCCCUGUUCUAAAGCCAAGUAUGGUAACUGCUAGAAAAUCAUCUGUUCUGAGAAGAAACAACUAAGGGUAUAAGACAUGGGAUUUCAGAAGAUGGUGGCGCCCGAGUCAGGCGUGAUACAUGUUUCCGCAGAGAGCACCUCUCAAGGAGGGAUGAUGUCAUUUCUCCUCCUCUGGUGAAAGGCAAGCCUCUUUGCCCACUAUGAGCAUCACCCCAGAGGUCAAGAGUCAUGGGAUGAAGUUUGCUGAGGAGCAACUGCUAAAGCAUGGAUGGACUCAAGGCAAAGGACUAGGCCUGAAGGAGAAUGGCAUCACUCAGGCCAUCAAGGUGACUCUGAAGCAAGAUACUCAUGGGGUGGGACACGAUCCUGCCAGGGAGUUUACAAACCACUGGUGGAAUGAGCUUUUCAACAAGAUUGCAGCCAACUUGGUAGAAGAAACUGGGCAGGACGGAGUGCAGAUAAGACGCCUUUCCAAGGAGACCACUCAUCAUCGUCCCAAGCCGAACAUGCUGUAUCAGAAGUUCGUGAAGCUAUGAACCCGAGGUUGCUUGCUUCCAGCAGCUGCAGUCCACCUUCUGCCAGGUUGAAGUAUGCAGGCC